AUGGGUUCCCUCCCAUCUCCACCAAGACCUUCUUCUCCACCGCCAUCAUCGACUCAUUCUCUGUCCAACUACAGAGUUUGUGCCACAUUUUGUUUAAGAGAGCCCUCACCCAACUUAAACAUCUCCAAUUGGAUCGAAAUCUACGACCCAUCAACCAACACGUGGACUCAUGUGACCUCAAUCCCUGGUCUCAUUGAGAACCACAUCUUGAAGGGUUUCUCCAUGGUCUCGUUGGGCGACUCGCUUUAUAUAAUUGGUGGUCGGUUAUGUCACAAGGAGAGAGCUCACACUUCCGAUGAGUGUAGCUCGGUCGUUGACAUGGAAGUUCAAGUCUCAUCAUCGGUGUUGCGUUAUAAUGUUGCAAGUGAUGAAUGGUCAACUUGUGCACCACUUGGUGUAGCAAGGUGUGACUUUGCAUGCACGGUUGCCAAUAACAAAAUAUAUGUGGCGGGUGGAAAGACCACAUUGGCGUGUGCAAGAGGCAUUUCAUCCGCUGAGUUGUAUGACCCCGAGCUUGACAAGUGGAUUCAUAUGCCAAACAUGAGCACAUUGAGGUACAAGUGCGUUGGUGUCACAUGGCAAAACAAAAUCUACAUUCUAGGUGGAUUUGCAGAGCAAGUGAGAAAAAACUCAGACGUGCCUCCUAUAAUGGUGCGGAGCUCUGCUGAAGUUUAUGACACACAGACAAAGAAAUGGGAACUGAUAAUUGGGAUGUGGCAAUUGGAUGUACCACCAAAUCAAAUCAUUAACAUGGGUGGGAGGCUUUUCAGUUCUGGAGAUUGCUUCAAGCAAUGGAAGGGUCACAUUGAAUCAUAUGAUGGUGAACUCAACAUAUGGAAUGAGGUUGAUGGGUCUCAUCUCCACAGUUUAAACUCACUCAUUUCAUCAGAUAACGAAAUGUGGGCACAUAGCCAAAGGCGUUACCUAACUAUGGCUCCCAUCGGAGAUCACUUGUACUUUUUGGCGAUUCACGGAUUAAUGGACAAUGAUUUGUCGGGAACAAUGUCGAUUGUUCAUAGAUUCGACACUUCUGCCACGAGUAACGCUUGGACGAGCAUGGAGCCGAUGGAAGAUGAUAGGGAGAAAGAGCUCUGUGGACAUGCUUGUGUUGUUCAUCUUUCUUAG